CCUCCCUGUCACCUUUCAUGCUAAGUUUGGAGCAGGAACUUCCCAGACCGGGAAGCAGCCUGUUUUAUUACAAGAAAACACUUUUCAGCAACAUUAAACAUAAUGGUGGGGAAAUAUCGGCAUUAAGAAGGAAGAUUUAUAAGGAAGAACAAUAAAUCAACUGAUGAUUCCACCCUCGAAGGAAGCUUCAGCCUCCGUACACCCUACAUGUGACACACACAAGUGUUGAUCAUCUUUUGAAGGAUAUACAAAACCAAGAGGUGUCAGGUUCUGUGUUUUCUUGUUAACUCUGAAGAAAAUCCAGGCUAGACUAGAGCAUUGGACAUUUCGACUGGGAAGGAUGCAGAUGAACAACUUUUGACUAUCAGGACGGUUACUUGGAGUCCUGCUCAGCCGUGAACGUUAGGGACGGACCAAUGUUUCCAUCCAAGAAGGAGAACCUACCCUCUCCCAUCCUGGAGGAUUCUUUCUUCCCCUUUUCUUCAUCACACUCUUCCUCCGGUCACCGGAUCAUGGCUCCUACAAUGGGAGUAGAUGAUCUUCUCGCCUCACCUCAGGAUGACAGCAGUCCUACACUGCUGGAAAAGGACCUGAUCUUGGCUGCUGAGGUGGGCCAAGCUUUGCUGGAGAAAAACGAGGAGCUGGCAGCUCAGAUAGAGCAGAUGGAAAGGGAGAUGGAGGCCAUGCAGCAGGAGAAACACGUGCUGCAGCGACGUCUGGAGGUGCGGGACCUCGAGGCAAGUCAGCGGGAAGCAGAACUGCAGGCUGACAUCACAGCGUUGCGUGCGCAGUUGGAACAAAAACACUUUCAGAGUCGUGACCGGCGUCGUGAAGAAAGUGAGCAGCUGACUCAGCUAUCCAACCACAACCAAAAACUUGUGGAACAGCUGGCAGAGGCAGUGGCUUUAGAGCAUACUUUGCGUACUGAGCUUCGUUCUUUGAGAGAAGAAAUGGAGGAUACAAGUUUUAGAAAAUCCAUAAGCUCUGCUAGACUGGACAGUCUGCAAUCAGAGAACAGUGUUUUGAAAGAGCGCUGUACUCAUAUGGAUGAACGACUGAAGUCAACUCAAGAAGACAACCACCGGCUGAGAUCUGAGAGGGAUGGAUUGAGAGAGAGGGUGAUUGAGCUACAGACCAGUCUGAAAGAUAAAGAAACGGAGGUGAGGAAUAUGUGCCAGAUGAUAGAAUUUGGGAAAGAAAGUUUAUAGAAGAUGGGGAGCAAGUGUGAAUCUCUAUAUAGGAUAGAUGUCUCAUAUAAAUACUGCAUACAAUUAGAAUUUACACCCUACAUUUAACAUAAGAAUUGAUUUGUAGCAUUUAGUAAUGUGAAGCAGCACCAAGGCUCGUCCUAAUCUACAAACUCCCAUUACCAGUAUUGCUGGGAAGACCAUUUCACACAAGAGUCCACCACAAAGAAUGAAGCACUAGUAAAAUGUCUAAUUUAAUAUUAUGAGCUUGAAAAGAGUCCGCACAUUCAAACAUUGAAGCAUCACAAGCGAGAUGAGAACAAUGUAUGCAAUUUACUGAAUAAAAUAAGG